AUGGGUGCGAGUGGCAAACAUCGGAGGAUAACGUUGUUCGGGUUCGACCUCUUCGGACGACCACCCAUCCAACUCCCAGACGACGACGCUGACGCUGACGUUGCGCCCUUAUUCCGUCGUCACAGCAGCGGCACGCCCACAACAACGCUAACCACCCAAACCUUCGACUCCGGCGCCGCUCCAUUAGGCAUAUCCACCAUCCACGAAAUCUCCGGCUCCAAAGCUUGUGAAGCAGCCGAGGCAGAGGCGAAGCCUCUCAAGGAAAAGGAGGAGAGGAGGCAAAGAAGGAAGGCAAGGGAGGAGAUGAAGAGCCUGGUGUGGUUGGCGAUGGGGAGGAAUUUGAAGGGUUUCAGGGGAGUGCAAUCGAGAGAAGGUUUCGGGAGCUUUGUUUCCGCCCCUCCUCCAACAGCAGCAGAAGACGACGAAAAUGCAGAUCUCGGCGGGACCCUCUACGCGCGCGAGAAAUCAAAGAGCAGCACUCACUCGAACGGAGGAAGCUCAGAUUCGCGUCAUAAUCGCUCUUCGUUGAGCCGCUCCUCCGUGUCUGCCUCUGACAGAGCUCAACAACACAUCUCACAAUCCACCCUUCCUCUCAUUGGGAAACUGCCACCAGGUGCACCAAUCCGUCCACCAGCCCCUCGAACAGGCAGUUCAUCCCUCCAAAUCGAAGAAAUCCUGGCCCUGCUCGACGUUGAGGAAGGUGAUACGAGGGAGGGUGAUUGGGAGGAGGUUUUUGAUCUUGAUCUUGAUUGGGAGGUUGAGGAGCGUUCGGACUUUGGGUUAGGGAGAUGUUGGGGAAUAAAUAGCGAAGUCAGACUCAUAUAUUAG